AUGGCUGAUAAAAAUGAGAUUAAUCUACCCCGUGGCGCCAUCAAAAAAGCAUAUACGGCUAAGCCAUAUUAUGAAUUUUGCCCUGAAUGUCGGUGUAAAGUGGAAACUCGGCAAAAAUUUAUUACUGGUCGACUAACAUGGAUCUUCGCUAUUAUCGCCUUUUUAUUUUUUAUUCCAUUAGCAGCUGUGCCAUUUUUUAUACGUCCAUGCAAAGACGUACUUCAUCACUGUCCAAAUUACGCUGAAGAAUGGAAGCAAAAACAUUAA